GGGAAGAUGAUGUGUACUAGCUCCUCCGUUUGAGCGAAAUAAUUGGCAGCUGCGAAGCACGGACAAAGCGUGGGAUCGUGGACGAUGAUAUCGGGUGUAUAAAGAGCCAGGAAGAAGAAGCUCAACUCACCAGUUUGACGUGAGCUCAAUUCACGAUCGGCCGAGCAGACAGCACUCGAGUUGUGCCUUCUCUCAGAACCACGCAUUUCUGCUGAAACGUUCUCGCCAUGGCUCGCGCUACAACGAUGCUCCUGGUGCUCGUCAGCUGCGCAGUCUUUGCAACUGCCGUGUACGCUGAUUGUUCCGGCACGAGGGUCAUGAGCUUCCAGUUCUUCGAGCAGUUCGAGAAAGACAAGUUGGCCUUCAGUCCGUCCAGCCAGCAGAACGGACUCACAGGUAAUGGCUAUGUCUACGACAACCCCUGCACCAAGACCUACGACCCCAAAUCUGAGAUUUACGGCUUCACCGGCGGCAUGUUCUUCUACUACACCGCCAAGCAAGUCGGGGAGAUUUCCACCAUCUACUUCAACGACAUCGGUGAGAAGGGAGGCACCUUCGCCGAAGCCGAAAUCCACUUGCGCGGAGUCUGGAACCUCGAUGCCGAAGGCAAGGACCUUCCAGUCCAGGAGCUGUCCAUUGUAGGAGGAACCAAAGGAUUAUCUGGCGCAUACGGAUCCAUCCACUACACUCAGGUUGGCGAGAGCACUUGGUUGGUUCAGGGCAAGGUGUACGUCGACGUGCCCGAGUCCAACGCCCACAUCGCCCAGGUCACAUCUCUGUGAAUUCUGUUUCAGCGGACUCGCGAAACGGAGUAGCUAGUUGGUGCCGCCGGGUGGAGCCAUUCCACAGCAGCGAGCAGGCUAGCUAGCUAGACUUGGGAGUUGAAGAUCAGAUCUUGUUUUCUGUUGCGAUGCUGAAUUGAGCUGCAGAGCUUAUGAAAUGCUAGAAUUCGUGAUGAUAGCGAGCUGUACAAGUAGGUGGAGACUUUUUUUCGAUGCUGCAAAGCAGCUUGCACAUCGCUGACCUAUGUAUAGCAGUGCAGUACGGGUCACGAGCGCCUGAGCUCUAAUCUUGCAAUAAUCUCACGUUUCGUUUUCUUCAGCCCAUA